CUGAACACAUGGGUGAAAUAGAGUCAAAUUUUGCCGGCAGUACAUUUAGUUUGUAAACACAGGGGAACAAAAAUGUUUUCUGUUGGUUUUAGAUCGAAAUUAGUGGGUUGCAUCAAUUUGCAGUAUAAAUUCGUGAAGCAUUUCUCCAACGAGAGAUUCUCAAAAUUGUCAAAGUCAAGAAAGGGGCCGUCUGAUGAUGCGAAUUUCUUGAAAGAGCUGGAGGUGUUAUCAAAGUCACGAGACUGGAGGAAUGUUCUUGAUCUGGUGAAAAACCAAGGAUUGAAGUGUAAUCGCUCAUCAGUUCAAGUGUUCAACAAUUUAACAGCACAAGCAUUCUGGGACGCAGACACCGCGUUGGGCUGGGAAAUGUUAAACAAAAUCAACAGAGAGGAUUUUCAACCAAAUUGCGAAACAUUUCAAGCAUACUUGGAUUAUUGCUCGAUGGACCGAGCAACGUUUGUAGAAAAUUUGGAAAAAAUGCUCGAAUUCAUCGGCAAAAAUGAUGUGAUUGUAUCGAAAACCGUGAUUAAAACUUUGAACCAUAAAAUUAAAAAGUUCGGUGGAUCAGCUGUUCGAACGGAAUUGAGCAAUAUUGGCAUUUGCCAAAAUUGUGAGCAUCAAAUGCCGUCACUGUUGCAAUCACUACUGGAAUUCGAGACACUGAAAAGGGAAUUCGAACAACUGAUAUUAAAGCCACGGAUUCCAUCCGUUCAGUUGGGUCUCUUUCGGCAAAUUGUCAAUAAGAAACAAUCUUACGAUUAUGUUAUCGAUUCACUGAAUGUGACCAGAAAUUUUCCAGAUAGCAAAGGGAAUAUUUUCAAACAGGGGAAAUUACUGACGCAAAUCGUAGAGCAACUCAGAAUGCAAAACAAAAAGGUGCUUAUCGUUGGGAAAAAGCAUGUAGAAACUUGGCCAGAGUCAGCGGUGAAUUUUAUUCGAAAAAAUACCACCGUGUUUCUAUCCAAUCACAAAGAAGCAGUCGAUGACGUAUUCAUGAUGUAUGGAGCCUUGGUAUCGGGGCCUAAUGCACAUUUCGUAACGAACGAUAUGCUUACGGAUCACAUGCAAGAGCUCAGUGAUAAUGGUAAAAAGCUGUUCAAAAAUUGGCAGAAGCAACAUCAGCAUUUCAUAUCAUAUGAUUAUAAAACAGACUCGACCCACAUAUAUUCACCCAAGAAAUUCCAUCACAAUGCGCGAAAAACCGAAGACAGCAAACAAUGGCAUAUACCGUACACAGAGAAACCAUUGCUGUACUCACCCAAAGGACUGAUUCGUCGUGUACCAGUCGAAUGGGCUUGUGUCAAAUUUAAAAAUCGUAGUCAAAACGAAUUGUUUUAG